UUCGGGGUCAUGGAAAUCCCCCGGCGGGUUUGCCAGGCCGCCAACUAAGCGGAAGUGUGAGUGGGUUUUGCCCCUGGAGUUCCCCUAAGUUCUAGAAGGAAAGCACCAGCGCCAUGCAAAGCGCGGGGAGUGGCGCCGCCCGGACUGUGCGCAGCCCGGGGCUUUAAAAGGCCGCGCGAGAGUCGCGCCCGCACGGGACAAGCCCCGCGACAAGCGUCCCUUGGGAAGAUUCGCCCUCGCCGGUGCGCGCCGGCCUCCGGGCAGCAGGUGGGCGACGAGGGCCGCGCUGGGCGAGCUCGUGCGCACGCGCAGAUUUAUAAAGGAGACGACCUUCUUCUAGUUUUUUUUUCUGUUUCUUCUGUAGUUCACAACAUCCAAAAUGGAAGCCUAAAAUCCUUAAAAGGGACUUAGUCUAAUCUCGGGAGGUAGUUUUGUGCAUGAAUAACCAAAUUAAUUGUUAGCUAGUGAUUUGCUCUACUAUCCAAAGAAAGUUAAUUAAAAAAAAAUACAGUCUAGUUAAAUGAACUGUAACUGUAAAGCAUUUGAUUUUGGAUUUGAUUUGUGGAAAUACAGAAGUGAUUAUAGCUCAGAAAUAUUACUGAAGCACUUUUUUCCAAGAUAGAUAGGCAGUCUACCACUGGCUGCUGUGUGUAAUAUAAAACUGUACCUGUGUUUGACAAAGAUUUAAAAAUGAGUGACAAUCAUCUAGAACAAAGAGUUAAUAUUCAAUCUACUGCAAAAUUAGAGAAAUAUGCAGAUAAAACCUAUGACAUGUUAAAAGACUUAUGCAAUGACAAAGAAUCUCAAGAACAAACCUUUUCAUUAGAGACAACAAAUUUAAAAUACAACAAAGAUAAAUGUGAUGAAUGGUGAAGAAAUCACCUACUCAUUUACAAGAUCAUUGAUAUUUUCAAAGCCUAAAAUUUAGUAUGUUCAAAUGGUCUAUUAUCUCCGAGAAUGAUGAGAAUGUGAAUGGUGGCUGAAUGGCAACAUUUUUGUAACUGAAAAUUCAUACAAGGACAAUGAUGAAUACAGAGAUUAUUGUAACAGUAUAUAAACUUUUUGGCCAGUGAAAGGAAUAAUGAAGUUAGAAGACCCAAUAACUUAACCUUUGAGGGAAAUACUCAGUGGUAAUGAGUUGCGAUAGUUCUCUUGCCACCUUGAAACAAAGGGUUGAAGUCUGCAGUAGAAAACCCCAACAUCUGUGAGAUCCAGAAAAUCUUGCUUGCAAAUCUCUAGUGGAAAACUGCAAGGACUUGUUUACUGGUCUUUGGCAGUGUCGCCAACACAGAGCCUCUUUCCUAAUGGCUAGUAAGACAUAAUGGAGAAAUUCCGAUUUUGAGAAGAUCUCUACUAUGCAAAUGGUAAGGUUAAUUUAUCUAUUUUUUUAUUUUGUCAUCACAAAUUCUGGUUCAAAUCUAUGCCGGUGUAUGCUUGGCACUUGGUGACUCUUGACUUUUCUAAAAAAUAAAUUUAUUUUCAUAAGAGAAAAUUUUAUGUUGGCUCUAGAAACAGAAAAAAAAAUUCAAAAGUGUUUUUAGCAGGUGAUUGAGUAACUCUACAAUGUUCUUUGAAGGAGACAAAAAUAAAAAAGACUUUGAAAGUUUCAUUAUUUCAUAGCUGUAUCUAAAUUAUCUUAAGAAUUUUUUAAACCAGGAAACAUAAUGUGUAUCAUGAUUCUGUUUUUCUAAAAAUAAUCUGAAUACAGUAAUGAAGUUCUACUUUGCUGUUAGCAGUGUGGCAGAAUCUCUAUUUGUAGCUCCUAUUAUCUACUAUAAUCAUAAAGGACAUUUCUGAGUUCUAGCCAAUUAUAUUAUCAGAAUGAAAAUACUGUAACAUUGAAUAACUUCAACAGCGUGAAGCUGAGUCCAAAAGACAAAAUUAACCAAUAAAUUAAUCUCUAAUAAUUUAUUUAAAUAGAAUGUUUAAUUUUUUAAGAUCACUGUGACUAAACGAAACCAUGUUCCUACUGACCUCUACGGAAGUUACUAUUACUUACUAAAUCUUUUUUUAAAUUUAAUUAAUGAUCUCUAAAAUUUUUCACAGCUACUUAAUAAAUCUUGAAAUCAAGUUUUAAGAUAUGUCAGCCAAUUCUGUUGCUACUUAAGCUCUUUGUUUUGAGGGAAAGCAAUAGAUUUUUUUUCUCUGUGUUAAAAUGAUUGUAGGAAAACAAGUAAUAAUUUGGAAAAAAUUGGGGGUAUGCCAUAUUUCACUGAAUCUAAGAUGUCAUCAAUUAUAAAUCACACCAGUAUUUUAUGUACCUCUAAGAAAAAUGUAACAAUGCUGCUAAUUAAAAAUGAUAUGCCAUUAAUUAUAAGCUACCUCUCAAUAACAAAGUUAUUCAAACAGGCAUCUUACGAUCAGUGAAAUACGGUAAUGCCUUGUUUUCCCCUUUUGAGAUAGGUCUUACACUGUUUUUUUCUGGCUACCAAAACUUCACAAUUUCCAAAAAGCAAAAUAAACAUGAUUUGACUAUUUUUGCUGUGGGGGUGCCUGUGGAGCAUAGCUCCCCAUUUUAUCUCUGGGUUGGCUGAGUCCCACUGCAGUAUUCUUGUGGCCUGGAGAAGGUGACCAACCUAGGAGACGCUUGACACUCAAGGGCCUCCUGACCACCUAAAACACUGUAGGUUCUAUGGAGGGUUGAUUUUCGCCACAGGUUUACAGUGUGUGUAUAAAGAUGGUACAAAGCCGCGACUGGCGCAGACUCCCCCUUUUAGAUUCCCCUCUUCAGACGUGUUGGCGCAGGAUUUAAAAUCUCUGCAGGCUUAAACCCUAAAUGCCUAGUAGAAAAAAGAUGAAAGUUUCUCAUUCUAAGUGUUCCACUUAGUACUAAAACUAAUAAAAGCAAAAGCCAUGCACAAAACUACCUCCCCAGAGAAAGGCUAGUCCCUUCCCCCCAUCCAUUUCACUAUGAACAUAGUAGAAAAUAGUACAUUCUUAUCAAAUUUGAUGAAAAGCGCCAACGUGUUUGAAUUGAAGUAUGACUUUUCAUGUGAACUGUACAGAAUGUCUACAUAUUCGACUUUCCCCGCCGGUGUUCCUGUCUCAGAAAGGAGUCUUGCUCGAGCUGGUUUUUAUUACACGGGUGUGAAUGACAAGGUCAAAUGCUUCUGUUGCGGCCUGAUGUUGGAUAACUGGAAACGAGGAGACAAUCCUAUUGAAAAGCAUAAAAAGUUGUAUCCUAGCUGCAGUUUUGUUCGGAAUCUAAGUUCACCGAACCAUGUGGAAGCUACUUUUCAGCCUACUUUUCCUUCUUCAGUAACAAAUCCGACACAUUCUUUACUUCCAAGUUGGGAAAACAGUGGCUAUCUCAGUGGCUCGUAUGCAAGCUUUCCAUCAAGUCCUGUGAACUCCACAGCAAAUCAAGACCUUUCUGCUUUGAGGACAAGUCCCUCUCACUGUUCCAUGAAUACUGAAAAGGCCAGAUUGCUCACUUACCAGAUGUGGCCGUUGACCUUUCUGUCACCAAGAGAUCUGGCAAAAGCAGGCUUUUACUACAUUGGACCUGGAGAUAGAGUAGCUUGUUUUGCCUGUGGUGGAAAAUUGAGCAACUGGGAACCGAAGGAUGAUGCUAUGUCAGAACACCAGAAACAUUUUCCUAAUUGCCCGUUUGUAGAAAAUCAGCUUCGAGACACUUCAAGAUAUGCUGUUUCUAAUCUGAGCAUGCAGACGCUUGCAGCCCGGGUUAAAACAUUCUGCAACUGGCCCUCUAGCGUUCUGGUUUAUCCUGAGCAGCUCGCAAGUGCAGGUUUUUAUUAUAUGGGCCACAGUGAUGAUGUCAAAUGCUUUUGCUGUGAUGGUGGACUAAGGUGUUGGGAAUCGGGAGAUGAUCCAUGGGUGGAACAUGCCAAGUGGUUUCCAAGGUGUGAGUACUUGAUAAGAAUUAAAGGACAGGAGUUCAUCAGUCUCAUUCAAGCCAGUUACCCUCACCUACUUGAACAGCUGCUAUCCACAUCAGACACUCCUGAAGGUGAAAAUGUAGAGUCACCCAUUACUCAUUUUAAACCUGGAGAAGACCAUUCGGAAGAUGCAGUCAUGAUGAAUACCCCUGUGGUUAAAGCCACUUUGGAAAUGGGCUUUAGUAGAAGCCUGGUAAGGCAGACAGUUCAGAGCAAAAUCCUAGCAACUGGAGAGAAUUAUGAAACCAUCAAUGACCUUGUAUUCGAUUUACUUAAUGCAGAAGAUGAAAUAAGAGAAGAGGAGAAAGAAAGAGCAACCGAGGAAAAGGAAUCAGAUGAUCUGUCAUUAAUCCGGAAGAACAGAAUGGCACUUUUCCAACGUCUGACUUGUGUGAUUCCAAUCCUGGAUAGUCUUCUAACCGCCAGAGUGAUUAACGAACGGGAACAUGAUGGUAUUAAACAGAAAACACAGACGUCUGUACAAGCAAGAGAACUGAUUGAUACUAUUUUAGUAAAAGGAAAUAUUGCAGCUACCAUAUUCAAAAACUCUUUAUAUAAAGUUGACCCCACAUUGUACCAGCAUUUAUAUGUACAACAGAACAUAAAGUAUCUUCCCAUGGAAGAUGUUUCAGAUCUACCAAUGGAAGAACAAUUGCGGAGACUACAGGAAGAAAGGACGUGUAAAGUGUGCAUGGAUAAACAAGUGUCCAUCGUGUUUAUUCCUUGUGGUCAUCUAGUAGUCUGCAAAGAGUGUGCCCCUUCUCUAAGAAAAUGUCCCAUCUGUAGGGGUACCAUCAAGGGUACAGUUCGCACAUUCCUUUCAUGAAGAAGACCCAAAACUUUGUCUACACUGUAUAAUUAAUUUUUCAAAUGCAUUAUAAUUUUAACUUUUAUACUUACUUGAUUUUCUUAACCUUUUUAUUUAUUUAAAACUCAGAAAAAUGUCUUUUAUAUAAAUAUAUUAAUGCAUCAUGUAUCUAAAACUUAGACAUAUUUUAGAUACCAAGAGAAUGAAUGAUAGGCUUUGUUCCUGUGAACAAAAAAUAGAGACAGCACCACGAAUGCAAUACUCAAUCAAAAUUUCAGCAUUAUUGAAAGUAUAAGGGAAGUAAAAUUUAAGAUGUUUGAGUUUAUCUUUUAGAAUUUUAAAUAUUUUGGUGUUGUAUUAAGAUCCAGAAACACAGUUCUCUUUUUUUGAUCCAUGUCCUAUACAAAGACAGUCUUUUAUUGUUGAAUGAAUUUACAGGGACAUGGUAUUUUUGUUAAGAAUUCUGUGAGGAAAAAUUUAAUAAAGCAACAAAAAAUUA